AUGGAGGGCGCCCGCAGCUGGGGCACCCUGGCGCAGCUGCAGCCCGUCUUAGCAAAGUGGGUGGCGGCGCAGGCGGCCGGAUUCCACGUUUGGGUUGGGCGGCAGCUCGAGCGGGAGGAUUGGAAGCCGCUGGGAGCCGAGCAGCCCCACAGCGCCUCCGCUCGCGAGCUCCGGCGCAUGGUGCUCGAAUCCCUGGAUGCCCUGUUUGGCAUGGGCAUCCCGCUGCCUGCUGAGGCGGUUGCGAUGCACCUGGAAGCACUGGAGGGCGUCUUUGCGGGGUACCUGAAACAGGUGCGCCAGCGCCUCGGCCCCUGGCAGCGCCUCGUGCCCCCUGUACCCCCGCUGGUGCGCUACAAGCGGGAAGUCAGCGUGAAGCAGGAGGAUGCUGAGUCAGCGCUCCCGGGCCUGCCCACCCGGCUGCCGCCGGCCGGCAGCAAGAGGUGGCUGGACUCGGUGCCGCGCAUCGAGGCGGAGCCCUCUUUCCGCGAGGUGGGGGCCCUCACUCCGGAGGCGGUGGCUGUCAUGCUGGCGUCACUGGGUUACCUGGAGGCCACCCUGCAGGCGCGUCGAGGGUGGCGUUGCUGGCCCAUGGCGCUAUCUGUCGGCCAGAGGUGGCAGGACGCCUCGCGGCUGGCCGUCGGCAGCAGGGCCCCCUCCAACGGCGACGACGGCGGCGGUAUCACAGGCAGCGGCGGCGGCGCGGCCAACGGCGGGGCCAGGGGCGGCCACUCGCGCGGCGGCAGCACCGCCGGCUCAUCGGGCGGGGGCGGCGCGAACCCCUUCCAGCCGGGCAGCUCGCCCGCGCAGGGCCGCGGCGGGGACAACCCGUUCUUGGGAGGCAGCCCGGCGGGAGGGGCGAGGGGCGCCGGCGCGGCCAACCCUUUUGGUCCGACGGACAGCGGCGCCGGCGGCAGGGGCGGCGCGAGCGGGCCGUCGGGCGCCUUCACCGAGAGCCUCUUGAGAGGCGGCGGCGGCGGCGGCGCGGGGCCGGGCGCAGGCGCGGGCGCGGGCGGUGCUGCGGCGGAGCUGCUGGGCAGCCUGCUGGAGGGCGCGUCGCAGGCGCUGCGCCACGGGAUGGAGUACGUGGCCAAGUGGCUGGCCGCGAGGGUGGUGUGGUGGGACAUGCGGGGGGAGUGGUGCGAGCUGGUGUACAGGCAUCGCGUCUGCAACACGCGCAUAGACUUCGUGGAGCAGCGCCUGGGAGACGUGGGCGGCAGGAUUCAAAUUCAAAAUUGA